CGCUGACGUCAGCCCCUCUGACCUUGGUGUCGGGUGUUUUCUUCACAGACGGACUCCGCGGCUGACGGCGCCAUAUUGAAUCUGAACCAUUAUUCCAGAAAACUCGUGAAACGUCGUUCGCGCCGCCAUGUUGUACCUGGAGGAUUACCUGGAGAUGAUCGAGCAGCUUCCCAUGGACCUCCGCGACAGGUUUACGGAAAUGAGGGAGAUGGACCUGCAGGUUCAGAACGCCACCGAUCAGCUGGAGCAGAAAGUGAUCGAGUUCUUUGUCAACGCAAAGAAGAACAAACCCGAGUGGAGAGAGGAGCAGAUGGAGGUCAUCAAGAAGGAUUAUUACAAAGCUCUGGAAGACGCAGAUGAGAAAGUCCAGCUGGCCAAUCAGAUAUACGACCUGGUCGACCGUCACCUGCGCAAACUGGACCAGGAACUGGCCAAGUUCAAGAUGGAGCUGGAGGCCGACAAUGCCGGCAUCACGGAGAUCCUGGAGAGACGGUCUUUAGAGAUGGACUCUCCCUCUCAGCCCGUCAACAACCACCACGUCCACUCGCACACCACCGCGGAGAAGAGGAAGUACAGCGCUGCGACUCAUCACACCACAGAACACGUUCCAGAGAAGAAAUUCAAAUCUGAAGCUCUGCUGUCGACACUCACGUCAGAUGCCUCCAAGGAAAACACACCAGGUUGCCGUACCAACAGCACAACGUCGUCCACCAACAACAGUGUGUACAGUGUGAACUCGUCUCAGCCUCUGGCCUCCUACAACCUGAGCUCUCUGCCCGCGGGGCCCGGGGCCGGAGCCGGGGCCAUCACCAUGGCUGCUGCCCAGGCCGUCCAGGCCACGGCGCAGAUGAAAGAGGGCCGGAGGACAUCCAGUCUGAAGGCGAGUUACGAGGCGAUCAAGAACAACGACUUCCAGCUGGGGCGAGAGUUCUCUCUGACCCGGGACACGACGGGUUACACCUCCUCUGCACUGGCCUCCACCCUCACACAGACCCUCGCCCCCGCCGCCGCCUCCGACUCCCGGGGCCGCAAGUCCAAAAGCAGCAUCAAGUCUUCCAACCACCAGUCAUCUUCAUCGUCCUCCUCUUCCUCGCUGUCGUCCUGCUCCUCAUCGUCGGCGCUAGCUCAGGAGCUUUCACAGCAGGCGUCGGCAUUACCUGAGGCCGAGGCCAACAGCCAGGUGGACUGGACCUACGACCCCAACGAGCCCCGCUACUGCAUCUGUAACCAGGUUUCUUAUGGAGAAAUGGUCGGAUGUGACAACACAGACUGUCCAAUCGAGUGGUUCCACUACGGCUGCGUGGGUCUGACCGAGGCUCCGAAGGGGAAGUGGUACUGUCCUCAGUGUACGGCCGCCAUGAAGAGGAGGGGCAGCCGCCACAAAUAGACUGACCUCUGAGGUCAGAGGUCAACGGGCCAGAGGUCAUCGACCGUUCUCAGCAGCUGACGGAGAAAAACACGAAUGGAUCAAAACUGAGAUUUGAGUCUGAGAUUAAAAGAAAUCAAGAAAAUAAUAAAAUCAUCUCAACUCAAAUAUUUUAGUUUCACUCUGCACAAAUUUUUUAUUUAUGUUCACUGAGUUAUGACUGAAACUGGUCACGUCUGACGCUAUUGAUCCAGACUUUAUUGAUCAGUUUAAAGUCAGAAUUCUAGACAUGAAUCAGAUUAAUAACUCAUAACUAAUAAUUUUACUGUUUGAUCCACUUCCUGUUGAUUGUGAUGGAAACAGUCGAUUGAAUCUGAUCUUCUGUCCACGAUCAAUCAUCUUAUUAUUUCUUCAUGGGACAAUUUUAGUUUUGGCUGUUGUCAGCGGUGAGGUCAGAGGUCAACCUGCCGUGUUACGGAGGAGGAGGAGGAUGAUGAAGAUGAAGAGGGAAACUCCUGAGCUCAGGUCUGAGAUUCCUCUGAUCGACGAUCGAUCAGUUAAUCUUUUGAUCAGAUUCAUGAUUCUGAACUAAAUUAAACUUUAAUAAUCUGAUUUAACCUUCAGUGUUUUUCUUUUGAUUCGUUGAUUCACAGAUGAAACGUUGUCAGAUUUUAUUAAACUUCAGAUGAAUCUCGGAUCUGAAAUACAGGAAGUGUCUGUGGACUACAACUACAGGAGUGACUCGUCAUGUGACCCUCUGACCUUUGCUAACGUUUCAGCAUGUACAGUCAGUGUGUGUGUGUGUGUGUUCAGUCGUUCUGCACUGAGGUGUGUUUGUUUCCACGGAUGUUUAAAAAAAUAAAAAAUGGUCGAUUUCUUUUUAA